AUGCGGUCCGUGCCAAUGGACGUGACAUCCUCUUUUGGUAUCCUUGCCCAAGCCUUCUCUAAUACCGAGGCUGUGGAUCGGAUGGACACAUAUGGUGGAAUUGAUCUAGAUGCCUUUUCGCAGCUCAUUGCAUCAGGAAGCAAACCAAUAUCUGAUGAACCACAUAUGAGCCUUACACAUGAUGUUCCUCAAACAUAUCCACUAGACAGUUUUCUCACGACGAUAAACGAACUUCUUUCACCACGCACUCCAGAGCUCCUUCUUGGAGAACAGAAUCAGCCAUAUGAACUCCAAAGAUCAUUUAACUUCCGGCCUCCACAUCUUUCCGACGAGGACUAUGAAUACUUGGCCCUGAAAGGGGCGCUGAGGAUCGUUCCCAUCGAGCUUCGAAACCAGUUGCUUGGAGCAUACAUCAAAUAUGUCCAUCCGUUACUCCCCAUCAUUGAUUUACAAUCGUUUUUGUGCGGUGCUAUGGUCGAAGAUGAAACCCGAUUUACCAGUCCGCUUCUUCAUCAAGCUGUCAUGCUGGCUGGAAGUGCCUUUAUUGCACAAGAAGCUGCCACUGGAGCCGGCUUCUCUUCAAGAAAAGCAUUAAGAAGGACAUUAUUCGAGAGAGCCAAACUCCUUUACGAAUUCGAAACCGAGAACGACGCAUAUACCCAAAUCCAAGCACUAUUACUCAUGACACAUUGGCAUGGAAGCGGCGUUGGCCACAAAGACCCAAUCUACUGGUUCGACCUCGCCUAUUCGACAGCAGAGCGCGUCAAUCUCCUUGGAAGUCUGGAGCCGGGUAGUUUCUCCCACAAGCACAGACUAUGGUGGUGUCUUUACGUCCGCGACCGUAUUCUAUCCCUUGGAUUCCGUCGCCCGUUACGGAUUCCCAAUAGCGAUGUCACAAUGUCGUUAUUAGAGUCGACCAAGUACUAUUCUUCCGAGUUAUACCAUGACCUAAUUCUCCUAAUGCUAGGAGAAGCUUCUGCCAUGCUGAAGUGGGAGAAUCAAGAGCGAAUGAUGCUCCUAUUCAUUCAGGAGAUAAAGCUCGCUCAUUGCGUCGGUGUGAUUGUGGAGUAUUUCUACCACGACACAUGGACGGCUAUACCAUCGGGGGAAGCUGUCUAUACCCUUGUUCCCAAAGCAGAGAUAUCACAGGACGCCAUAGCUAGCUGUGAACAGCUUCUCAAGACUUGGAUGCAGAACCUUCCCCCCUGGCACAUUACUUCCCCCCUUCACUCAUUCCAUCAAGCUUUCUUGUAUCUUCUCCACCUUACCGCAAUGUCAAUCCUGCACAUAGCCGCUUCGAAAGGGGGAGAUGAACUCGACCAGACUGCCACACCAGAGAUGAGAGGUCUGGUAUCUCAGGUCAACGAAACACUCAACGAGCUACAUGACUGUAGCAUGCUACAUUUACUGCCUGGAAGCGCAGUCACUAUCAUUGGAAUUAUUCUCGAGGCUAGUCUUCCCGAUCUGAAGGUUUCGGACAAGAUCGUGAGACAACAGGCUAUGUCGAAUCUGUAUGCUUGCGAGGAAGCAGCGGGACAUUUGCUGCAGACAUAUCCUGCUGCAGAGAUUGUUAUCUCCAAGGUUCAGAAUGCCCGUGGACAUUUACUGGGGCUGGUUACCACCUGA